AUGUGCGAGCGGUAUGGCAAGGCGUGCAAGUACGCGCAGUACAACGCACGACCGACGCGAGAGCACAUAGCCCAUCUGCAGGACACGAGCGAGAGCCUGCGGCGCGUGAUCGCAAAGUACCUGCCCGACAUAGACCUCGACGAGGCGGUGCGCCGCGUCGAAGAAGAGGGCGAGGACGGGCCGAGUCGCUCGCCGACACCGCAGCCUCAGCGCCCGGUGUCCCACCUGCGCGGCAGCGGCGGUGGGGAGAAGAAGGCGUCUCCGCACCACCACAUCUCGCCGCACAUCUCGCCGCACAUCUCGCCGCACACGAAUCCCUCGAGCCAUAUCUCCCCACACACGGACACGACGGGCGAGCGGCGCGCGGCGGCGCGCACAGUCGAGGUGUUUGAGCGCCAGCCGAAGAACGCGGCGGGGUACGAGUGGAACGAGCGGCACCUGCGCACGCCGCGCGGGCACGAUGGGACGAGCACGCUCGCGGUGGAUCCAGACGGGCAGGGGUACUUGGGCUUCGCGUCCGGCGCGACCCUCCUCCGCAUCCUCCAGUUCUGCGCCGGCGGCGUGUCCCUCUCCGAUACCGACUCGCGGGACCCGCGCGAACGCGAGCGCAGGAUACGCGAAAGAGAAGAGUACCGCCCCAGCGCGAUCGAGCUCGAGUCGUUCAUCGACUCGUACUUCAACAACUACCACCUGCAGUACCCCGUGCUCCACCAGCCGACGUUCCGCGCGCAGUGGGCGAAUGUGGUGCCGCACCCGCCAGACGAGCAAUGGCAGCUCGUCCUCAAUGUCGUGCUCGGCCUCGGCGCGUUCUGCGCCUCCCAGCCAGACUAUGUCAUCAACCACUUCCUCGAAUGCGCCGUGUCGAGCAUCAACGUCGACCUCAUCGAGGCGGGGAGCUUGACACUCGUGCAGGGCUUCACCAUCCUCGCCAACCUCGCGCAGAAGAUGAACAAGCCCAACGCGGCGUACGUGUACUUGGGCAUUGCGGGCCGCAUGGCAGUCGGACUUGGCCUUCACCGCGAGCUGCCGUUCUGGAACAUCUCACCGUUCGAGCGCGAGGUUAGACGCCGAGUGUGGUGGUACCUCUGGGUGGUUGACGCCGGAUCGAGUGUGACGUUUGGCCGCCCGAUUCUCCUGACCAUGAACGAGUGCGACGUGAACUAUGUCGUCAACCUCCACGACCCGUCCUUCACGCCGUACUCUACCGACUCCCCACAGCCGGUCGACGAGAUCACCCCCUACGCCAACCUCAUCUUCCAAUCGCAGUUCCAUGUCGUCGGAGGAGAACUCUACAACCAGGCCACCUCUGUCCGCCCACCAUCAUCGACCGAGACGCUGGCCAUGGACGCCGAGCUUGGGCGAUGGCAGGCCACGCUCCCCGAGUGGAUCCAGGCGGCGCACCCGUCCGCGUCAGGCUGGGUGGGCUUCAUGCGCCAGAAGCUGCUGUGGCGGAUAUGCAAUUUGCGUAUCAUCCUGCACCGGCGCGCGUUCCUGGAGCGCGCGUUGACCGGUAAGCCGCUCCUCCCCGAGCAGCAGCCCGAAGAGGAAGAGGAAGCUGCCGAGGUCGAGUGCGCACGUCUUUGCCUCGUCAAUGCGCGGGAUACCAUCCACAGCGUGCACGAGUUCCUCAUCCAGAGCGGGCGGGUCUGGACCGGCCUGGAAGGAUGGUACGCGCUGCACUACCUCUUCCACGCGUGCUUUGUCCCCCUGAUCGCGCUGCACACCAACCGCGCCUCGCCAGUAGUGGAGCAGUGGCUCGACGACCUCGCCAAGGCCCGCGAGGUGCUCGAGGCGAUGAAGGCCGAGCCGCUCGCCGAGCGCUUCCUUCACAUCCUCGACUUGCUGCAACCGCACGUCGAGCGGCCAGGACACGAGGACAGCGCCACUGCCGGAGCGGACUUGUCGUGGCUCGAUGCGCUGCAACACUCGACGGCGUGGAUCGGCUCUGGAGCCGAUACGACGGGCGGUUUCGGCCCCGGAAUACUGCCGUUUGCAGACUUGAACACGCUCAGCUCGCUGUGGAGCGGGCUGGAGGGAUGGUCGGGUGGUGAUGGGGCGGCGGCGCUGGGUCCGGGGUCGUAGAGUUGUAUCAUGUCAGCAUUUGUCUUGUCC